UGUUAUGCCGCAAUGACACCAACGGAAUUUUUAUUUAAAGACUGAUCGAUGUUAUGCAAUAUACUCCAAUAAAAACCAAUUAUAUAUUAAUAAAAAAAAUUAUUCUAUAUUAUUUAUUCAUUUCAAUAUUGCGCACAAAAAUUUAUUUAUAAAGUAGAUGUCUCUGUUGUGGAACACUUAAUGAACUGAUCUCGUUUUAUUCGUUUUUAAAAAUUCCUAUCAGUAAAUUUCCAAUUUUUUUUUCCCUUAGCUACUAUAGAAUAUAAUUAACAUAUGUUAAUUUUUGUAUCAUUAAAUAUUAAUUAAAUAAUUGACCAGGGGUCAAGUAUGAAAUUUUUUAAGCAACUGAGACUAUUAUGGGUCAAAAUUAAGUGAAAAGAUUAGAAAUUACAAAAUUAGUCUCAUUCCAUUUGAAAACACCCUUAAAUACUUGACGAUUCUUUUUGUCACAAAAACUGUCUUUUUGUUUUUGGUGUGAUAUAUGCUUUGUUUAGAAAAUAUUGCAGUUGUCAUGGUAUCUUAGUCGUAAAAACUUAUAUUAUUAUUAUUUUUUUUUUUAUUAUUAUAAAAUAUUCACAAUAGAAAAAUUUUAAAAUCAAAAUGCAGCACACUUUUCUUCCCUAUUUACCAGGGUACAAUUUCGAAAAGCAGACUAAUAGGAAAACAAAUUUUCACACAUCACAUUUGUUUAAUACAAUGCAUAAUGGUAUCUGUUACAUGACAAACAAAUCAUCAUCUGGUGAACCUUCUAUCUUUCUCUAUGAGGAUGCGUUGAGAAUCCCCGCGUGGCUUGUUUAUAGUGACCAACGACUUACAUUUGAUGCAUUUUUUCAAGAAGUAGUUCAAGAAAAGUCUUCUUUUCGAAUUCGCAUUGUCAAAAUAUUUUUUUUCCUUGAAGAUGAUACUAUAAAAAUUGUUGAACCAUGUGUUUAUAGUUCUGGUCUUAAACAAGUCGUUUUGGUAAGACGUCAGCGAAUUCCACUGUCAGGCCUUGUCCAAAACAAAUUUUACGAUGUUACCGAUUUGAAUAUCGGCAAAGAGCCAGAAAUAUUUAAGAGGGUUUACAAAAUCGUUAAUUGUGACAAAUUCACACGCAUUUUUUUGAAUCGUAUGGGCAUUCCAGUUCCUGAUCCAACAGAUUAUCCUCUUGAUCCAUACGAUCAUCAAAAAAAUACUCCGGUCUAUUCAAAAAAACCAAAUCGGAAAGUUGACACCCUUGAAAAAUUCUUAAAAAAUGAUGGAAAAGUUUUAAAAUUUUCAGCUAACUGGGAUGAAUUUGGCUUUAUUCAUUUUUUGGAAUUACGUUACUAUCUCACUGACGAUACUAUCGAAAUUAUCGAAAUCAUACCAUCAGAUGUAAAAAAGAGCUCUGUGUUUUUGAAAAGAAUGAAAAUACCAAAGGUUUUCACUGGAAUUGAACCUAACACAUCCUAUAUUUCUGAUGUUUUUAAUACUGAGAAACUUUCAAACAACUACUACAUAGACAGCGAUUUAUCAAUUGGUGCUCGGAUAAAUUUAUUUGGUCGUGACGUCAUAAUCACUGACCUUGAUGCAUCAACCAAAAAUUAUUAUAGAAAUACGUAUGGCAUUGAAGAGUUUAAGUCACUAUAAAAACCCAGAACAAAAAUCAAUUAUUACUGCUUUAUA